CGAGUCAAGUUGUUGGCACCGCUCAUGACUGUGCUUUAUAGUUAGUCCAUGCACAUAUACCCAUCUCUUCUGGCAAUUUUCCCAAAAAUAGUUAUUCUUUAAUCAUCACUAAUAAUUUCUUAUUUUUUUCAAUCAACUUUACACUUUUCAUUGACGCUGUCACGUGUAUUAUUUUUCUACAAUAAUAAAAAAAAAUUCGAAAAGACUGGUGACUCGGAGGCCAUCGAAAUAUUGAAUCGUGCGACGACACAGUUGGGCGGUGGCCGCCGCCGCCGAUCGGACACCGGUCGUCCGUGUCGUGGACGAUGACGUGCCGGGACGACUGGUGCACCGGGGCGGACCAUCAUCGGGUGGCCAGUACGCGUGCAGACGACAGCGUGCGACGACCGGCAGGACAGCGUAAACAGCAACGACCCAGUCGCGUGGGACAACACGAGCCGUCGCAGCAACAGCUGACGGGACAGCGGCGGCAGCAGCAGCAGCAGCAGCAGCAACAACGGCGGUGAACGAUUGGGGGGCCACCGUGCAAUGGCGACGCCCCCCGACAGCCCGAUCAUCGAAGAGGCGACGCUAAUCGAGCUCGAGGAACAGCUGAACAACACGUCUGCGUUUCCGCACCCCAGGCCCGUCGCCCUAGAGGACCUGUGCCGGCAGACCAAGUUCACCAGACAAGAGAUCCGCAUCAUGUACAGGGGAUUUAAACAGAAAUGUCCGGAAGGAGUCGUUCACGAAGAUUUGUUUAAAGAUAUCUACUCCAAGUUUUUUCCACACGGAAAUUCGAAUUUAUAUGCUCAUUUUGUGUUCAAAGCAUUUGAUGUCAAGAGCAAUGGCGCAAUUAGUUUUAAAGACAUGCUAAUGACUCUAUCCACUCUGCUUCGCGGGUCUAUUUACGAAAAACUAAGAUGGACAUUUAAGCUAUACGAUUUAAAUGGCGACGGAUGCAUAACGAGAUCGGAGCUCAGUCAAAUCGUGUUAGCCAUCCACGAGCUGAUGGGCAAGAGACCACAAGGUCGUGGUAGUACUAAAUCCAAAGAUCACACUGAUAUGGUAUUCCAAAAACUCGACAUCAAUCAAGAUGGCGUGAUUACGUUUGAAGAAUUCAUCGAGUCAUGUUUAAAGGACGAGGCGAUCACAAAAUCAUUACAAGUUUUUGACUCCAGGUCCCUAUGAUUGUCGCUAUCCUCCACCGACUCUAUGGAAGUAUCACUUCUGUCGUUCGAUCAGUCUGCUGGUGGUCAGUCGGAGGAGGAGCAAUACAAUCAAAUACGGCAAGCCGACAACGAGUCUUCCCAAAACAAUAUUUUCUUUGAUUUCUAAUGUAAAUAAUAAUAUAAUAUUAUUAUACUGGCCGCUUUGGUUAAUGUUCAGGAACGUUCUUUUCAAAUGUGUUUGGCCGUUAAAAAAUUCUAUACUGAUGUGCGAUUUUCGAUUAAUUAUUUUUGUUCUAAUAAAUGUCGCUUUUAUCUGGCGCCAUUAUUGCUCGGUCCGUCCUAUAUAUUGUUACCGUGUUAAACGUAGCUACAUUAUACUACAUACCAAACAUUUAUGUCUCGAUCUUUGUAGUUUUAUUAUAAUAAUUGUUUAAAUUUGAUGACUAUCAUAAA